AUGGGUUUAUUUGGCGCAUUAGCAGGAGUCGCAUCCAGAUUUUUGCCCGCAGUGGGAACAAUAGCCAGAGGUGCAUUUGGAAUUGGAAGGAAGAUUUUGAGUACAUUAGGUAUACUUAAAGAGAAAGCACAACCUAUUAUACAAACUGUACAGAAAGGUUGGGAUGUAGCACGAGAUGCAACAAAUCUUAUUCCAAAUCCUGAAACAAGAGGAAAAGUUCAAGGAUGGAUGGACAAUGUAGGAAGACAAGCAGGAAACUAUUAUAACAAAGCAAAUGACUACUAUAACCAAGCAGGACACUAUAUGGACCAAGGUGAAAGAUUUAUCAUAAGACAAAUUACGGAAAGUGAACUCAAACAAAAAGUGACACAAUGCAUUUGCCAACCAAAUAACUUUACAAAGCAAAAACUUAAAUUACUUGUCAAGCUUACUAUUCUUAUUUUAACAAUUAAAACAUUAAAUUUUAUUUUUUAUUUAAAAAAAUCAUCUUAUAUCAUCUGA